CGCACAGCGCGGAACUGAGUCAACGUAUUUUCCAGAUUCUCGAAGGGCAGGGCGCAGGGCGGCUGGCCCCCGCAACAAGAGACUCCAGUCGGCUACUUCCCUAGCUGAACCCACCCGGCUGCCGCUAGCGAUCGAUGCCUUCAGAUGAGAUUUAACACUCCGCCGUGCAUAUAGUUGCUUUGACGCUGAUUCGCCGUUGGUCGUCCAAAGAUUACAACCUGACAAAAUGACAGAUUCCACGGUGGCCGACACUCGCCGGUUGAAUUCCAAGCCCCAGGACCUGACGGAUGCCUACGGCCCCCCCAGCAAUUUUCUGGAAAUAGACGUUUUCGAUCCACAAAUCGUUGGAGUCGGACGGACCCGCUACACAACCUACGAAGUUCGCAUGCGGACAAACCUUCCCAUUUUCAAACUGAAGGACUCCUGCGUGAGAAGAAGAUACAGCGACUUUGAGUGGUUAAAGAUUGAGCUGGAAAGAGACAGUAAGAUUGUAGUACCACCUCUGCCGGGCAAAGCCCUGAAGAGACAGUUGCCGUUCCGUGGAGACGAGGGCCUUUUUGACCCAAGCUUCAUUGAUGAGCGGCGAUCUGGCCUGGAGCAGUUCAUCAACAGAAUUGCAGGUCACCCCUUGGCCCAGAACGAGCGCUGUCUUCACAUGUUCCUGCAAGAUGAAAGCAUUGACCGUAACUACAUUCCUGGAAAAGUAUGAAUGAAACUGCUGCACCUGCCCCGUGUACAUUUAUUUCUACAUCACGUCAUUGUAAAGCCGCUGGAAAUGUCAGAACUGAUGAGUGUCAACGGUGUCGGAAAAACACAACUAUUGCUCAAAACUUUAUUGAAAUCCAUUGUAUUAAACAUUUGAUGUUAUGUCUUUAUUCAGCCAUUCCACAUAUUAUAUGUACAUUAUUUUUGAUUCAGUAAUCAGAGAAAAUUAAAACAUGUUCCAUUUUAUCAUAGCUAGAUUUUUCUUUUUUUACAAUGAUGGUUAUGUUUUCUGAAUGUCUCUUUUUUUAGUUUUUAAUUGAGUCAAUCACGUUUUAAAAAGAGUUUAAUUUCCUGCUUCAAUUUGGGUUUCUCGGUGCGAGCACAUAUGAGAUUUUGAUGGAAACCUCCCAAAGUCGAGCAACAUGUAGCAUGUUGGGAAAUAAAGACAGCGACGUGUCAUUCCAGUCAGUGUAUUUUCUCCUGAGGUUUAUUUUCUGGAAACACUCUUGAAUCAGGAUUCUUUUACAACUAACUGUUUUAACUCUGCUGUCUGAGUUACAUCAUCCUGCUGUGUUGUCAAGUCAGCUAUUGGGAAUGUUAAUUUAGGUAAAAUAACAAUAUCUAAGCACUGUGACAAGAGGUUCAUUAUAUGAACAAUAUUUCAUUGCUCCAAAGGCGUAAUCAGCAUCUGGUUCAUUGAUCCACAAUAAGGAUAGUUCUGUGCUUAUUUUUCCAGUUUUCCAGUUUUGUUUUUCUUUCGGUCAAUAUUAUUGUGAAGUGUAUUAAUACAUGUUACCAUUGCAGUUCCGCUCUGGGUGACUGGGAACCUCCUUGUUACUCUUGUCCUCCCAAUUAAAUUUCCUGCUGCC